UGCAUGUGCGCAGGAGAGCCUUACGUUGCCUAUCACCUGACCAUGCCUCCAAUAGAUACCACGGUCCAGGAUCUGGGCCAGGUACGGUGGGGCACGUCACGUGCAAACUUUGGAAUCAGAAAACAUUCGGGAAAGCUGGAUCUCACUCGCGGCAACUUUCCACCCACCAAGUCGGCGAUACCCACCCCUCGAAGAGUCAAGGGCGGCUAGAAACAGAAACACCGCCACAAAAUGGAAUCUCCAUCGAUAUCUCGAGCGGCCCAUGAUCCGGACCUUAGAAGCCGAUCUCCAUCCCUCCCGGCUCGAUCUCCAUCUGCAUCUGGCAGCCGGCAUCACCGAUCACUCUCCCCGCGACGAAACGGAAGGUCUCGCAGUGACAGUCGCAGCCUCAGUCGAAGCCGUAGCGGUAGCCAUAGCCGUAGCCGCGGUCGCAGCUUUAGCCGGGAUCCCGAGAGUCCUCCCCGAAGCACCAAGAUUGUCGUUGAGCGACUAACGAAAAACGUCAACGAGGACCACCUCUACGAGAUAUUCGGCGAGUAUGGCUCGAUCAAAGACCUUGACCUGCCCAUCAAUAGACAAUUUGGGACCAAUCGCGGCACAGCAUACAUCCUGUAUGUUCACGAGGCCGACGCGGAGGCGGCGAUAGCUCAUAUGCACGAGGCCCAGCUGGAUGGCGCCGUCAUCAAUGUCUCCAUCGUGCUGCCGCGCCGCAAGUUCUCUCCCUCGCCUCCAACCGCCCGCCGCGGCGCGAAUUACGACCCGCGACUCCCCGCACCGGGAUUCCGGCCUGGCCCACCAGGUGGUGGCCCUGGGGGGCGCGGUCGACGAUCUCCAGCGCCGCUCGCUGGUUCUGGCUCGGGCCGCUACGGGUCGCGGUCUGACACGUACCGCCCCCGGUCGGUUUCGCGCUCCAGGUCCAGGUCCCCUCUCCCGCCUCCCAGUGGAAGUCGCAGAUACCGCAGCCGGUCAGCGUCAUAUUCGUCGAGAUCCCGGUCCAGAUCCCCUCCGACUCGUGGGCGUGGUGGUCGUGGCAGUGGCGGCGGUCGUGGCAGGGGUGGGGGCGGACGAUACGACGAUCACGACUAUGACGACCGGCGACGGAGCCCAAGCCGUGGCAGCUACGACAGCUAUGACCGCCGCAGCCGAAGCCGCAGUCGUAGUCGAGAGUGGAGCCGAAGAUGAUUUGCUCUUCCCAGCAACCCAGGCGGUCGCUGCAAUCGGCCGAGCAAGAUUGUGUGUUAUUGGAGUUUUUGCAAGUGUAAACAUAGGGCCAUAGGCUAGGCCCAUAGGGCAGGCGUUGACCGGAAGGUUACCAAAAAAAGGGAAUUUCAGGUCAGGGGGCGGGGUGUUGGGUGGCUGUAUCGAUCAAGCACACGCCUGGCUCGCCAAUACAUGUACCAAACUUAAUUGAAUUUCUAUUGACAUGA